AUGAGGACCUUCGUCGUUGCCGUUUGUCUAUUGGCCCAGGCCUACGCCCAGUUCGACUUCACGACGUGCGGCAGCGGAAAGACGUGCGUGCUGAAGCCGGCCAACUGCGGUGCUUCUCCUUCCACAUGUACCCAGGGAGUCUCCUUCAAGAGGGCGUCGGCAUCGUUCCUCGAGAUCGAGAUGUUCGCCAACAACCUCCCCGCCACGGCCACUUACGACUCGUACAUGGCCAUCGCCUUCCAGCCCAAUAAGUGCGACGACUACGAGAGCAACGGAGUCCCGUGCAUGGCGAACUCUUCGGUGACGGAGUGCUCGGCGUUGAACGGCAAGCUGAUGACCGCCUCGCUGUCGUGGAACAACCUUGACCCCAAGAACGUCCGCAUCGACAACGCUGCUGACCUCGCCAAGGCCGUCUCCCUGUCCCUGUCCGCCCUGACGAGCAGCAACGGCCAGACCUACUGCAAGACGAUGCAGCGCAUCACGGGAGCUCCGCUGAAUGGUGUUGCUAACUCUGAUAAGGUCUUCCAACUCGUCUCCGGCACCCAGUACGCCGUGAUGAUGGCCGUCGGCCCGGCCAAUGGCACCGUCAUCGCCCAUCACACCGGUGUCGCCAUGUCGACCGCCAGGAUGAUGAUCCAAUCAAUUUCCGAAACCGACAUCAAAAUCGAGUUGUUCUGGAACCCAGAUGACGCUACACAAGAUGAUAAUGCUUAUUUGGCGGUGGCAUUUACCGAGACGUGCGAGGAAAAGUGCAUGAAAAACACGAAAGUCUCGGAGUGCUCGCAGUUGAUCGGCCAGAGCCCGUCGCUGAAAUUCUCGUGGAAUAACGAUCGGCCGGACAAUGAGAGGUUCCCGAAUUCAGAUGACCUCAGCAAGCACAUCUUGAAAAAUCUAACGUACGGCGUUGAAGGGAAACAGAUUUACUGUAGCUACCAGCAGACUGUGCUUGGCGUGCCGAGAUUGCUGAACGGAAUUCAAAAUUCAGACAAAGUUUUUGCGGCCGUGAAGGGCAAAAAGUACAUGGUGCUGAUGGCUGCGGGACCCACGGAUGAAAAAGGGAUGAAGCACCACAAAUCGAAGAUCUUGAGCAACGAAGCUUUUGAGCUAUUCCCUGCUGAAGCUGCGCCGACCACUGUGGUUGCACCGGUUACGACAACAACCGGCUCGGCUGGCCUGCCUUCGACCUGGAUCUCGAUGUUGCUUUCAUUAAUGUGUGUUGUUUUUGGUGUGCUG